CAAAGAGAGGGGAAUAUUGUAAUUAUAUGUUUGGUGAACGGAGCCCCGUUUCUGAACACACUCCUGUUACGACGUCGUAAAGACCAGAUUCAGAAGAACCCUAGCCAGCUCAGGUCACUGAUAAUGGGGGAGCUAGCUGCUGAUGCUCAUGUUAAAUACAUUUUGGCGGUUGAAAAGAGGAAGGAUGAUUUUGAGUCUGUUGUGACUGAGCACCUGCGAAUUAAUGGGGCGUACUGGGGAUUGACGACGGUCGAUAUAUUAGGGAAGUUGGAAGCUGUGGAUCGGGAAGAGAUUGUAGCAUGGGUCAUGAAGUGCCAACACGAAUCUGGUGGAUUUGGCGGUAACAUCGGACAUGAUCCUCAUUUACUCUAUACCCUUAGCGCGGUACAAAUUUUGGCAUUAUUUGACAGAAUAAAUGUUCUCGACAUCGAUAAGGUUUCAAAUUAUAUUGUUGGCUUACAAAAUGAAGAUGGGUCAUUUUCAGGGGAUAUUUGGGGAGAAAUUGACACACGGUUCUCUUAUGUGGCUAUCUGUUGUCUCUCACUGCUGCGUUGCUUGGAUAAAAUAAAUGUGGAAAAGGCUGUAAGCUACAUUGUAAGUUGCAAGAAUCUCGAUGGGGGAUUUGGAUGCACGCCUGGUGCAGAAUCUCAUGCAGGGCAAAUUUUUUGCUGUGUUGGUGCUCUUGCUAUAACUGGUUCUCUGCAUCAUGUUGACAAGGACCUCCUAGGAUGGUGGUUGUGCGAGCGACAAGUUAAAUCUGGAGGUCUAAAUGGUCGCCCUGAGAAGCUUCCUGAUGUCUGCUACUCAUGGUGGGUCCUUUCUAGCUUGAUCAUUAUAGACAGAGUUCAUUGGAUUGACAAGGAAAAACUUGUUAGAUUUAUUUUGGAUUGCCAGGAUAAGGAGAAUGGAGGUAUAUCCGACAGACCGGAUGAUGCUGUUGAUGUGUUCCACACAUAUUUCGGAGUUGCUGGUCUCUCCCUGCUUGAAUAUUCAAAUCUGAAAGCUAUUGAUCCAGCUUAUGCAUUGCCUGUGGAUGUGGUGAAUAGGAUUUUCCUCAAGUAAUUCAUGGAUUACUGGACACAAGUCACCAGACAAUUAUGGCUUUUUCUCUCAUUGUUUUUUGUAUAUUUCAUAUUUAUAAAAAUGGUUCUGUAUCACAGUUGACAGUAGUGCUAGUUACUGCAUCUUUUGUAUCGAAUAGCUUUAGAAUAUAGUUCUAGUAUUAGAAACGUUUUGUAAUGGUGGGCUCAGAAUUGCACCUGCACUGCAAGUUGGAGUUAUAUUCAUUAUCAGAUUCGUGAUAUUAAAUC